AUGGUCAAGAGCAUUAACUACCCUUUAUCAGAGGAUAUCCAGAAAACCUACAUAGAUGUUGUACAAACGAUCGAGGAAAAGCCCGCUUCCAAGGACCAGUUCGAGAACAUAUCCCUGCUUUUAGCCUUCCAGGAGCUUGGGAAGAUCGCGGAAGGUUACAUCGAGUACGCCAACGAAUACGGUUAUGUGGAAGACUGGGUAGAAACUCGCUUCAACGAUGACGAUGUCUUCCAACGUCUAAGUCAUGCAUGCAUAGGUUAUAUCGAGUAUGAGCAUCAGAAGACGUCGGCUGACGGCGAGUUCUUCAAGAUGAUGCGAGCUGGGUUGAAGUCAAUAGCACAUGCCUACAACCCUCCCUCCGCCGAAGGAGAAUUCUUCGACAUGGUUAGAGCUGGUAUGAGGACUAUGAAGUACGCCUACAAUCCUACGCCAAUGGAUCUGCUUUCCUGCCCGCCCUUGCCAGACGCACUGCAAAGAGUAUAUCGCCAUAUGGGAUACACACCAUUCGAAGACAUAAUCUUUCUGGAUAUGGUAGCUUCAUUCGAGAAUGUUUACUUCUGGUGUGCUUGGGGUCAUGUCUGGACCGAACGCUGGGAUGACGAAUAUUUCUGCGACCGUAGGCAGAACCAAUACUGGUGGACACCCAACAUACUCGACUACCGCGAUGUCCCGACAGCCGUCACAUACAUGUACGAAACCACCAAUGGCCUCGGUCGCGCUGAAGGUGUUGUCUUUCGAGAUCUGGUUGAGAUGAUUGAACAGUACAUGGAGUAUACCAACGACUUCGAUAACUGGAAUGACCCAAAGAUUGCCGCUUUCCGCGAAUUCUCGGUAGUGAUUGACUACGUCUCGUAUGCUUGCCCAGACUACCAGUGGUUCCAGCGAUUUCUCAGCCUGCCUGGGGAGCUCCGAGAGAAUAUCACGCACGUGUACCUCUUGCUCGAGAGUGAUGCUGGUCGCCUGAGUAAGCACCAGCACUACGAUCAGUUCAGUAACCCAUGCUGCACAUGGAAGUAUCCCUGGGAGCUUAUUGCUUGCGACAAUCAAGAGGCGAAAGCAUUCCCAGAGGCUAGUACAGGUCGAUGUCCCAUGGGUUGGUUGCCAAACCUUGCAUUUGUAAGCCAUCAAAUGCAUGAGGAAGUCCUCGUUAUGAUGCUGCGACGGACCGAGCAGUUCAAUCUGAAGUAUAUGUUUCGCAACACGGAUUUCAAAAUUGCGACUUGGUUUAGCAAGUUCCUCAAGGCGAUUCCGAGUAACGGAGGUGAAGAGGCGGUGAGACAUCUCAACUUUCCACACAUGCACUGGUUCAAUCAUGGACGCAAUUCACCAGCUCUGACCAACCCGAGCUUAGACUUGGCCAUUGUUUGCAAAAAGCUGCGCAAACUCGACAUGACCUUCCAUGUCGACAAGGUAAGCAUAGGUAACGAAUCCACAAGUUAUAAGCGCAAAUCGCUUCCCCUUCCUGAGGUUAUUAAUCGCUUCAAACUGGAGACAAUUUUCGGCUGUAGUAGCCUAGAGGAAGUGUAUAUUGACGGUAUAUACGUCCGACCAACGCAAGGAGGCGUCAUGACAGAUUUGGACGUGCUAGAGGACCUUGGCAAGUGGAUGAUGAUGGGCUUCCUCGUUCGGCGAAACUUGGAGCGCGGUAUCCAAGUCGAAUUGGCGCGCCGAUGGGGCGCUUGGAGAGGACGUGCUGGUGGGGUCCUGGUUACCCUAAAUAACACCGACAUGGCACACGUCAUGACGCGCAUCGGGUUCAGAAACGCGUAUACAAAGACUCUGGCUAUGGCUGGGCCUGCUCCGAUCAUAUAG